UCUACCUCAUCAUUUACAGGAUGGCGUUCCCUCCCCCUGGCGAGCUGGAGUAUGGACCAGCCCAUGACUUUACCAAUGAAUACCACAGCCUCGGUGGUGUGCGGCCUCCGAUGAUGGUAGAAGGGGGCUACGGACCAGAGGAUCAUGGCGGCCCACCCGUCGUGGAGGACUAUGUCAAUGGGAGUCACAGUCAACUUCACAUAGGGAACAGUGGGAUGUACCAGGAGCUCCGGAGUGUGAUGGUGGACGGGGGCGACAGGUUUGGGGUCUCCACCAUCAUGGCUGAUACGCAAGAAGAACUCGUCUGGGUCGGAAACCAAGGGGGUCACGUGACAUCAUACUACGGCUCCCAGAUGCAAAAGUACACAUCAUUCCAGGUACACCCGACCAACCCCAUCCGAGACAUAUCCACCUUCCCUGGCGGUGUCCUUUCGCUCUACAGCAACGGCCUCCGCUGCAAUGCCAGGCAAGGCACGAGAGUGUUUGAUUGCAAGAGUGAGGACUUUCAGAACAUGCAGAGCAUGCUGGUAUUGAGCGACACCCGUCUUCUUCUGGGUGGGCAUCAGGAUCGGUUGGUGGAGGUUGACCUGGGGUCGGGGGUUCAAACUGUCACCCACCCUACCGAUAAAGUGGGCGUGGCCAUCAUGAGACCCGAUCAGAGGUUCAUCUGCUGCGGGGAACCAUCGGGACACGUUCAGCUAAGAGAUCCAGCAACCAUGAAGAUUGAGCAUACAUUAGAAGCCCAUCGAGGUGCUCUCUCUGAUUUCGAUGUCAUUGGGAACCAGCUCAUCACUUGUGGUUUUGGAGAAAGGUUAGGAACGCUGAGUGUUGAUAGAUUCCUAAUGGUCUUUGACCUUCGAACCAUGCGACCCAUGGCUCCUCUUCAUGUUCCAAUAGAACCCAUCUUCCUGCGUUGCAUGGCUACCUACGCAAACAGGAUCAUCAUCUUGGAUCAGAGUGGUCAGUUUCAGAUCCUUGACCCUGGUGGUCUGGUGACCCCUGACAUGAUGCUCUUGUAUCAGGUCAACAUUGCGGGUGAUAUGGUCAUGGACUUCGAUGUCUCCAGCAACAGUAGCUCUUUGGUGUUCGGUGACUCGGGAGGUUGUUGUCAUUUAUGGUCAAGCAGUAACGAGGAGGUCACAUUUAAUAACUUCUCCACUGAAACUGAGUUUGCCGAGCCUGUUGUACCCAUGCACCCUAUACCUUUCAGUGAUGAUCUGGCAUAUUUCGCUACCAUCCCCAUGCCUUACUGUGAAGAGGAACCACUCCUAUCAGAUUGGCCUGCUGACUUGUGUAGAGUGAACAUGAGGCAACCCCCGCCCAUUGAUUCGGAGAUCCUUCGCAGCAUGAAGCUGGUCCAGUUCAUCGGUUACGCUCCAAACACCGGGGGGAGACGGAGGAACCAGGUAGCUUACAAGGACGUCACAGGAGGAAGCAAGAAGACGGGCAAAGAUACAGUACCGGAGAGUCCCUCUGGUAGAUCAGAGGACCCAUUGAUGUUCAUGGUUCCCAAGCCUUACAGGAAAGUAGAGAUCAAGUAUUCCAAGCUGGGCAUCGAUGACUUUGACUUCAGACAUUACAAUCGGACAAACUUUGCUGGCCUUGAGCCCCACAUUCCAAAUGCCUACUGCAACUCUAUGCUACAAGUAUUAUACUUUGUGGAGCCCCUUCGCUGUGCACUGGAAACCCACACAUGCUGCAAGGAGUUCUGCCUGGCCUGCGAAAUGAGCUUCCUCUUCUAUAUGUUUGACUUGUCAAAGGGACAGACCUGCCAGGCAAGUAAUUUCUUGAGAGCAUUCCGCACCAUUCCAGAGGUUUCUGCCCUUGAGCUCCUCCUAGGUGAUGCUGAGGAGUCAACAGGAAAGGCCAACUUCCCUCGUCUUAUCCAGAGCUGGAACAGAUUCGUGCUAGCCCAGAUCCUGCAGGAAACAUCUGAUCCAGCCACAGACGAGGAUGAAGAAGAAGAGAGUGAGGUCAAGAAAGAGAAACCAUUAGCUCACCUUGGAGAAAGGGUCUCCCGUCUCUUUGAAGCGAAGGUUGAUAACACCAACGCCUGCAAGGUAUGCAGCAAGGAGACCGUCCGAGAGGCAUCCACCAUGGUCGUCACCCUCACCUACCCGGAAGCUAUCGCCGCAGCUGCCCAGGGAAAGGAAGUGAAGGAGCAGAGCUUUGUGUCAGUAUUACAAUGCAGUAUGAACAUAGAACAGUCCACACAGGCCUGGUGUGACGACUGCCAACGAUAUCAACCAUCCAUGCAAAUCCGGAGCUACAAGAGACUGCCGGAUGUCAUCACAAUCAACUGUAAUCUAGAAACUCAGUCGGAUGAGAACUUCUGGAGGAAACAAGAACAGUUAUGUGGAGUAAAUUACGACCACCAGAAAGAGACGGCACAGAGUCAAGUGAAGGCUUGUCGUUAUGGAUUAAACUGUACAAGGGCGGAUUGUAGAUUCAGGCACGACACCCCGAGUGCUGACAGAGCAGAAGUUGAGAUGACGUCUUGGUUACCUCUGUACAUCAAGAUUAGACUUUCUAAAGAUCGCAAGGUUGAAAUCAAGGAAAUCAAGCCUGAGGGAGAUCGGGUAGACGAUAUCGAUGAUGAGGGCUACGUGACCUACUACCUUCAUGCCAGCGUGGGUCAUAUCCGUGACCCCAGGUCAGGGGGCAACCUGGUUGCUCAUGUCAACGUCGGCAAGACCUACCAUAAAAGGAAAGAGGGUGUAACUCACAUGCAAUGGUAUAUCUUCAAUGACUUCUCCAUCCAACCUAUUGAUAAGUUUGAUGCUACUCAAUUCAACUUGGACUGGAAGGUCCCCUGUGUGCUGUACUACAUGAGGAACGAUUUAACAAGCCAUUAUGACAUCACAAUUACCAACCCUAUCAUAGCCAGUUGUCUGCAGCCCAGUGGUAUCUCUAAGGGUUCAGGGUUCAAGCCUCACAUGACGUUCACACCCCUCGGUCAAGAUGAGGUCAUCGGUGAAGGGUUCCUAGUUGGCUUGGAUGCUGAGUUUGUCUCCCUUAAUCAGGAAGAGGCAGAGAUCCGAAGCGAUGGAACCCGCUCUACGAUCAAACCCAGUCAGAUGUCCGUGGCUAGGAUAACAUGCGUUAGAGGACAAGGCGACCUCGAGGGGGAGCCCUUUAUCGAUGACUACAUCUCCACGCAAGAGCAGGUUGUGGACUAUCUAACACGCUUCUCAGGUAUCAAACCAGGCGACCUGGAUGCAACAAUAUCAUCCAAGCACCUCACCACCUUGAAGGCAACGUAUCUCAAGCUACGCCACCUCUUGGACAUGGGCGCCACCUUUGUCGGUCAUGGACUGCGGAAAGAUUUCAGGGUCAUCAAUCUUUUGGUGAGUCACACAACAGUGUGUCUUAUUUAG